AUGGAAGGGAGGCGCAAUUCUAACGACAUAGUUGCAGAGCCACUCACGGAAGACAGCAGUGAAGAUUGGUUCGAAUGGGUUAAGAACUAUCUGAUAUCUCAAGAUCUCUGGGAAGUGACAAAUAGUAGCGCUAGACCAGACGAAAAUCAUGUGGAAGAUUUUGCUAAAUGGAGAAGAAACAAUGCUGCAGCAUUGCACGUCAUCCUUAUCUCUUGUGGCCGUCCCAAUCACUCCCAUAUGAAAGGGGUCUCUGAAGCCAAAGAUGCAUGGGACAUUCUCUAUGAUACCUACAAUAAUAAUGCGCCGGCCUCUGCACCGGCCUCUGCAACGGCCUCUCCUCCAGCGGUGAUUACAGAGUUAACGGAGGCAGAAGGAUUAGAGAUGAGUAAUAUGCGCACGGCCAUAGCUGAAAACAACUGGUCGGCUGCAAAAGCAUCCCUUGAUCGCUAUCCUCAGGUAUUGGACGUAGGUUUUGCGAAGUCAGUGGGCGAAACACCUCUUCAUGUGGCUGCAAAAUUUGGGCAUCUGGGCAUAGUAGAGGAGCUGCUGAGAUUAGUUCCUGAAGAAUAUCUGGAGAUACAAGAUGCUUACUAUGGCAACACUCCACUUGCAACAGUUGUUUCACAGAGUGAACUCAUCCCGGUUGCAGCAUGCUUGAUCAUCAAAAAUAAAAAGGCACUUAAAAUUCCAACUAAAGACGAUUGGGAGAUUCCUGUUACCUCGGCUUUUUAUUCUGGCCACAAGGAAAUGGGACGUUAUCUUUAUCGUGUCACUCCUUUGGAAGUCUUCCAACCAGGAAACGGCACUGUGGGGCCUGAGUUCCUUCACGCCUAUAUUGCCUUGGAUUUGCUCCAGCGAUGCAACGAGCUGCUUUUUGCUAUUGACGAAGACAAGGAACCAACAAUUCAGCAUAUUGCACGCUAUCUUUCUAAUUCUCUGUACAUAAAUCAACUUCCGUUCUGGAAGCGAUGGUCGUAUCACUCUUAUGUGUUCCAUUUCUUUGAUCGCAUAUGGGUGGAAGAUAUCAAAAUACCAUCAACCACAACCACUGGACAUUUCUGCGUAGAUAUUCAGCAAGAAGGCGAGAGCAACCAAGCUGGUCAAGGAAUGAAGAAAAUAUAUGAGAUGAAGGUGCAGCAUGCUAAAGUUCUGAACUUAGUUUGUGAGAAUCUGAGACAUUUGAAUGAAGAAAAGAAGAAAAUGUUUGAAAAGGCACUGAUAUCUGUAUCUGAAAAAGAGAAUGUUGAGUUUUUGUUGCGGGUAACGAAGGCAGACACAGAAUUAAUAACACUAGUUAGUUAUGGUGGGUCAGACAUUUCCAUUUUCUUCCAUGCUGUUAAAUAUCGUAGUGCUGAGAUUUUCAACCUCCUCCGUGGUUUUCGCUUUAAGAAUGUGGUGGCGUCAAUAGUUGAUGACGAGACCUCAAAUACCUUGCUGCAUGUGGCAGCCCUAUUGGCUCCUUCUUCCUACCUUGACUGCAUCUCUGGUGCUGCAUUGCAGAUGCAAAGAGAGAUGCAAUGGUUCAAGGCCGUCAAGAGUGUGGCGGAUCGUGAAGAUAGGCUACUUCUAAACAAGGACGGGUUUAGGCCUCUAGAGUAUUUCAGAAGAAACCACAAAGAGCUGAGGGCUGAUGGAGAAAAAUGGAUGAAAGAAACAGCAUCUUCUUGCUCAGUUGUUGGGGCUCUAAUUGUUACCAUCAUGUUUGCUGCAGCUAUAACGGUUCCCGGGGGAAACAAUCAGAAUUCAGGGUACCCAAUGUUUAUGAAGGAGAAGUUAUUUAAAGUCUUUUUAAUUUCAGAUGCACUUUCCUUGUUUUCUUCCACCACUUCCGUGCUCACAUUUUUAGGGAUCCUCACGUCGCGCUAUACAUAUGAAGACUUCCUUUGCUCACUACCCAGAAAAUUGAUAAUAGGUCUUUCUACACUUUUUCUAUCUAUUGCAACUAUGAUGAUUGCCUUUUCAGCAGCCAUAAUGAUCAUGUUGCAAUAUCACUCAUCACGUUUAUGGGUUAUUCUUCCUAUUCCUAUACUUGCUAGUAUUCCAAUAACCCUCUUUGUAUUAUUGCAAUUCCGUCUUCUUGUUGAAGUAUUUUGGUCUACUUAUGGUCCAGGCCUUUUCAAGAAGAAGGUGGUGAGGUGGCCAUGA